GGGGAACAAUGAACUGUUGCACUUCUAAAUGCACAUGGAGGUGAAAAGUUCUUCAGUGCCGAACUCCCAUUCAGUUCAACCCUGAAGAUGUUGUGGUGUGUUUGGUGCAGAAACAAGUGAAAUUCAGUCAGUGUCAGUGAUGGAGGGAGAAUCUGUCACUUUGCACACUUCUGUUACUAAAACUCAUGAAGACGAUGACAUACUGUGGAAAUUUGGAGCUGAAAUGUCUCUCAUAGCUAAAAUCAGCAUUGAGAAGCAAAUCUCCUUCCAAUAUGAUGUUCUUGAUGGGAGAUUCAGAGAUCGACUGAAGCUGGACAAUCAGACUGGAUCUCUGACCAUCACACACGUCACAACUCAACACGCUGGAGAUUAUAAACUAGAGAUAAAUGGACCUAUGUGGUCAUCAAAAACAUUCAGCGUUUCUGUCUAUGCUCAUCUUCCCACUCCUAAAAUUACCAGAGACAGUUCUUCAUCAUCAUCUUCACAGCAGAAUUGUUCACUGGUGUGUUCAGUGGCGAAUGUGAGUGAUGUGACUCUCUCCUGGUACAAAGGAAACAGUUUAUUGUCCAGCAUCAGUGUGUCUGAUCUCAGCAUCAGUCUCUCUCUACCUCUGGAGGUGGAAUAUCAGGAGAAAAACAACUACAGCUGUGUGAUCAACAAUCCCAUCACAAACCAGACCACACAUCUGGACUUCACUCAACCCUGUCAAUCAUUAACUAAUCAGACUCAACAUCUGGACAUCAGCACACUCUGUCAGCCAUGUUCAGAUAAAGGCCUACCCUUGUUUUACACAGUGCUGCUCUCUGCUGCUGGACAUCUGUUAAUUGUAGCAGUAGUUGGGAUCUUCUGCAUCUGCGAGAAAUGUAGAAAAAUUGACAGCGAAGUUGAAACUCUUGAAGAGAUCAGUUACACUGUGGUCUACAAAAGAAAUUCACUUAAAUCGAAAGAGAAUACAGAGGAAGUACAUGUGGUAUAUACAUCUGUCAACAAGAAAAUAUGAUCAAACUUAAAUAUAUUUUCGAAGAAGACUGAACUGUGUGACCUGCGACAACCUCUGAGUUUAUAGUUAAGUUUUGGGAUUAGUGUGAAUGACCACAUGUAGCAUCAUGAACAUAUGCAGCUGGAUCAUCGUGAGGGGUUUGAAUAUGGAGUUAUUUUCUGUAUUUUUAUGCAAUCUCAAACAGUGUUUAAGGGCAAAAUGAUUGUAUUGUAA